AUGAGGCUAUUGUUAGUGUUAUGUUUAAUUACAAUAUUAGCCGUAGCAUACGCACGUCGGAUUCCAUCUAAAAAAAAUGAGUCAUUACGGGGCAAGGAAAAAUUAGUUGAUCAAGAAGACGCGGCUUCUGAUCAUAAAAAAGAGCAUAGUAAAGAUCAGGAAUUCAAAAAGGGUGGCGGAAAAGAGCAUCAUGCUCAUCAUCACGACGAACAUGGAGAGAAAGGUCAUAAAGGUUAUAAGGGCCAUCAUCAUCAUGAAGAAGGAAAGAAGGGUCAUCAUGAUAAAGAACAUCAUAAAGGUGAAUAUGACGAUCAUGGUGGUCACAAAAAAGAGCAUCAUCAUGCAGAUGGUCAUUACGAUGAGCACCACAAAGGUGAAAAGGGAGAAAAGGGGCACAAAUACGAAGAAAAAGGACAUUAUAAUAAAGGUCACUCGACAAAAGGACACCAUGAAAUACACAAACUCGAUGAAUUCAAGAAGGAUAAACAUUUCUUCGACGAGGAAGGAGAUUCCGGUCAUGAAGAGAAGCACGGAGGUUUUCAUGAGGAACAUGGUCACAAGAAGGGUGGUCAUUUCAAGAAGGGUCAUCAUCAUGGUGGGCAUCACGAGCAUGAGCAUGGUGAAAAGGGCCAUCAUGAAAAGGGAGGACAUCAUCAUGAGCACAAAGGUCAUAAAGAAGCCGCUGGUCACGAUGAGCAUCAUCACCACCACCACGAUCACGCUAAAAAGGAAGGACAUGAACAUCAUAAAAAAUUCGGCUAUAAAAAAGGUCACUAA